CAGGAGGAUGAGGAACGGAGAGCAGAAGCAGUGGAGACCAGGAGCAGACAGUGAGGACAGUGAUGGAAAGAAGGAGCCGAUGUCAAUGCCAAAAGCCUAUAAAGCUUCCCAGCGAUCCUGGUAUUGCUGUGGUGGGAAUGAGAAGAUGUCACUGGUAAUGCCUUUGAUUCCCCCUAUCCCAAAGUCAGCAAGACCAUUGGAUGAGGCUCCUCACAGCACUGCAGUGCCUCUCCCAAGCUCUCAGCACCUGGUUUUUCAGAAGACUCUGGAGAUAAGGCCAAGAUCAGGCAGCAGAGGUGAAGAGAAGACCCUUAAACCUCUAGGGCUCCACGCUCGUGAGCCCAUCUUGCCUGUUCUCCAGCAUCAUGUUGGUGGUGGCAUGAAGCCUGACAGAGAAUUAUGUGAACCUGUGGCCCGUUACAUCUCCCUCCUAUCCAGACCAAGGAGAUGGUUCAUCUGAUGAGCCCUCGCCUUCAGAGUGGUGACAACUCAAAGGACAGCAAUGGAAGGAUCGAUGUUACCUUGUCCACGUCAGUUCAGAAGAUCGAUUGGCAGCAAAUGAGAGUGAAGGAGCUUCUGUGUAGAGAGAGGAAGAAAGAAAGAGAAAAGUCGUUGCAGCUCCUGGAACAGGAUAUUGACCCUGGGGAUGCAGCUGAAGAAAGAAUCCCAGUGCCAGCCACUGCUCCGGACUCUGUAGAGUGUGGAGAGGAGUCAGAGCAUGGAGAUGACCAGGAAGCCAGACUCUUCCCUGAUGCACAGCAGGUGCUGCUCAACACACUCACAUGGCUCAGCAGUGAUAACUGGGAGGAAAAGACCAAGGGGCUCUUCAGUGUCAGACGCCUGGCUAUCUGCCACUCAGAAGUCCUUCUUAGGAGGCUUCAUGGUGUUUCCUUGGCAGUCACCACAGAGGCAAGAAUAUUUUGUCUAACUGUGUCCCACGUGCAUCAUCCACGGGGCGUAGAGUACAUAUGAGCUUGUUCAUUUGUGUGUGUGCUCAG